AAGACUGUCCUGAAACAUCCCACAGAACAGAACAGCAGUAAGAACCCUGGAACCUGGACAAAAACUGCAAUAACCUGAUUUUAUAGAUAUUAACACCCACAAAGUAAUGGAUCGCCAGCGAUUUAAACAUCCCAUCUUUGAGUCAAUCAGUGUUGUACACUUCAACUUGACAAUAUUUGCUCACUCUACCUCAGAAAGAUUCUCUAACCAUAUCAGUCUGUGAGUAAAUCUCUUGUCCACAUCCCUCUUUGGAUGAUGCUGCAGAUUUUCUGUUAGAUUUAGUUCUGGACUCUGCCUGGGGCAGUCCAGAUCUUUCAUGAAGUCAGUCUACUGGUGACUUGCCAGUCAUGCAAGAAAGAAUUUGGAAGCACAAAAGACAGUUUGUUUCUCUUAGUGUUGCAUUCUUGGGGAAGUCACACAUGUGUGUUUUAUUAUAUUUCUAUUGGUCAUCCUCUCACUGUUGACACAAUGAGUUUAAUUUUCUCAAACAAAAACACCAAAGGAAGAGAAGAGCUGGAUGUCAAAGACGAGUGUAAAAGUGUCUUUUCAUCUUUCAGCACAUUUCCCAGAUCUCCUCUUAAGCACCUUUUGUUUUUUUAAUUGGCCCCUUGUGUAAAGCCCUCUACCCCACCCUUUCACCUGCUCACCAGGCAGCCAAUCACAGUGCUUCCUUGUUGUCCUCUGAGCCAGCUGGGCUUCUUGUUUACAGGUGCUUGUCACCUGGGACUGCCGACAGAUCGGAUGCUGGGAAAGAGGUUGGACAACGCUAAGGUGAAGAUGCAGACCUCAGGUGAGGUGGGUUCAUCCCAAAACCACAAAACAGGAGGCUACAAGGACACCUGCAACAGGGGAAGCACUGUGGUUUGCAGUUGAAAGGAAAGGGAUGAGAUUUGUUUUUUUAUAAAGCAGGAAUGUUUUCAAGAUAAAAGGUGAAGCUUGGAAACGGAAAGCUGGAUCUAACACCUUUUGUUAUUCCUUGGAGAGAAGUUUUUCAUGAUUAGAACUGGACACACUCAGCAGGAACCAAAUAAUAAUCAAAUCAAUAAACAGAACAGAAUUCUUAAUCAUGAUGUCUCCAGACGACCAAGCCCUCGAGGACCUUUUGUAUGGCAGCGACCUCGGUGACAAGCCGGAGGUGGUACAGCUGGCCGGUGGCCCAGCAGCAGUGGAGGAGAACACUGCUUCAGAAAAUGUUCCAAUAAGUGUGUCCCUUCCAGAGCCAAUCGUAUGUGCUGGAUGUGGCGAGCAGGUAUGUGAUCGCUUCUUCCUAUUGGCUGCAGGGAGGGUAUGGCACAGCAUCUGCCUCCGCUGCAGCCAGUGCCACUGUGAGCUACAGACUCACCCUUCCCUCUUCUGGAGAGAUGGAAACAUUUACUGCCAGCAGGACUACAGCAGAACUUUUGGAGGCGGCCAAUGUGCUCGCUGCCUCCAGCCAAUCCCACCCACUGAUUUGGUCAUGAGGUCUGGUGAGCUGACCUUCCAUCCCCACUGUUUUUCCUGCCAGGAAUGUGAUGUAAAAUUAAUGCCAGGGAACCUCUACUGCAUGCAGGGCCCAAACCUGUAUUGUGAGUCACAUUAUAAUGGUGAUGGAGGCAAUCUGCCACUGCAAGACCCCUCACAAUCACAUCUAAAAGAAGAGUCGGGUCAAAACCAGGUGUCCGGUGAAGGGGAGGAGUCUGUCAGCAGUCCAGAACCACGAGUGGACGACAGAGAGGUGGGAGGGCGGACGCGGAGACGGACUAAGCGAAUCAGGACAUGUUUCCGCAGUGAGCAGCUCAGAGCACUUGAGUCAUACUUUGCCCAGAAGCACAACCCUGACGGCAAAGAUUGGACUUGCCUCGCUCAUAAGACUGGCCUGCCUAAGAGAGUCCUGCAGGUGUGGUUUCAGAACGCUCGGGCCAAGCUGAGACGUUCCCUCAACUCUGAAGACUCCCAGGCCAACUCCCCCUCUGCUCCCCCUGGAGCUGUUGCCCAGGCAACCACCCCCUCAUCACUUUCCUGCUCUUCGCUAGACCAAUCGCAGCCUUUCCCCGCCAGCACCAUCGACCAGCUGCAGCUGUCCUUGCUCACUGGUUCAGCCGUUGAAUCCUCUGUAAGCCCAAUCCUCAAUCAGUCAUGCCAGAUGUUGCAAAGCCCCAACAUUUUUCUGGACUACGAUCCCCAGAGUGCAUUUGGCUGCAUCCCUUCUCUCGAGCCCCUUCGCGAGUUUGAGGAGGAAGAAGGAAGAGUGGAGAGAGAAAUUGAUGCUGAGACUUUUGGACCAAAUUACAGUUAACUGAUGGUUCUGCAGUGACAGUUUUUGUUCCAGUCCUAAAAACAGCUAGAGAAACAACCUCAGCCUUAAUAAGGUUCUAGGUACAAGAAGACAAAGUGGAGUUGACAUUUAAGAAGUGGUUCAGCUUAAAAAUGGUUUUGAUUGCUUUGUGAUUGCUAGAUAUUAGUUUAGUUUAGUUAACUGUGUGAAUAAACUGCUGUUUCAUUACAUUUUCUUCAGUAAAGUUGGGUGUCCUUCUCUUCACUGAAUCACCACAUGGAGGUGAUUCAGUAAAAUGCCUUUUCAUGCAGAAACUUUGCUCUUUGUAAGAUUAUUUGGUCAUAAAAUGCAGCAACAUGCAAUCUGAAGGAACAUGAAUGUCCCUGACAGUUUUUUUUUU